UCAAUAGCAACCUCUGGGGUUAUUGUAUCCACCUGACAGUCAAUUCAUUACAAAUCAGGUGAGAUCGGCCUAUUCAAUAUAUAUUAAAUCUAGUAUAUUGAUCGUUUUAACAGAAAAGACCAGCCUAUUCAAUUUUUUUUCAGGAAACGCUGAUCAUUUUUUCCCAAAAGAAAUAUGCAUUCAUUUUUUCAGGUUAAAUAGUGUUUCUUGUUUAUUUGCAACAAUCAAGCUGAUGUUCUGCUUAUUCACGUGUGCCAAGAGCUCGAAUGCAGAAAACCCCGAUUCCCGCCAUAACCUCCGAUGCCUUCCCCUCCACCGGGCCUCCCGCGCCGCCGCUCGCCGGCGGCGGCCACAGCCCUGCUAUCGCGUCUCCGCGCCGCCGCCGGACCGAACUCUCCCCGCCACCUCCUCCUCCGGUCCAUGGCGCUCGUCCUCACCUCCGGCCUCUCCUCCUCCCACCCGGCCCUGGCCUCCCGCCUCCUCAACUCCCUCCUCCCGCACGUCCCGUGCCACCGCCUCCCCGCCCUCCUCCGCCUCCUCCCGCGCGACCACCUCACGCUCCUGCUCCUCUCCUCCGUCAAGCACCACCACGCCCACUCCCUCCCCGCCGCUUGCGCGCUCCACGGCCUCGCCGUCGCCUCCGGCCACCUCCCCUCCGACCUCCGCCUCGCCAACUCCCUCCUCUCGCUCUACCUCUCCCUCGGCUCACCGGGCUCCGCGCGCCGCCUCCUCGCCGACAUCCCCCGCCCCGACACCGUCACCUGGAACACCCUCCUCCGCGCCUGCCUCCGCAUGGGCAUCCUCCCUGCCGCGCGCCGCCUGUUCGACGAAAUGCCGGAGCGGGACCUCGUCUCGUACAAUUCCAUGCUGGCUGGGUACGCGGCCGAGGGGGACAUGGUCGGCGCCCGGGAGCUCUUCGAUGAAAUGCCGGAGAGGGACGUGGUUACGUGGAACUCAAUGCUUGCUGGUUAUACUCGGCGCGGGGACAUGGAGAGCGCCAAGAAGAUGUUUGAUGCGAUGCCAGUGAGGGAUGUUGUGUCAUGGAACUCGGUGCUGGAUGGGUACGCCCAGGCCGGGGACGUCAAGAUGGCGAGGAUGGUUUUCGAUGGCAUGCCAAGGAGGAGUAUCGUGUCGUGGAAUGUUGUUCUUGCGUUAUAUGCAAAGGUGAAGGACUGGUGUGAGUGUUUGAGGCUGUUUGAUGCGCUGAUGGCUGUGGGGGAAAACAUUCCAAAUGAGAAGACGUUUGUGAGUGUUCUGACAGCCUGUGGUAAUUUGGGUGAUCUUGAGAGGGGGAAAUGGGUGCAUAGCUUGGUCUGCGAGAGGUGGGAGAGACUUGUGCCAGAUGUACUACUGCUUACAGCACUUCUUACAAUGUAUGCCAAGUGUGGGGUGAUGGGGACAGCAAAGGAGAUAUUUGAUUCGAUGAGUGAAUGGAGUGUUGCAUCCUGGAACUCAAUGAUCAUUGGGUACGGAUUGCAUGGGCAUAGUGAGAAAGCUCUCGAGUUGUUCACGGAGAUGGAGAAAAGCGGGCCUCAGCCAAAUGAGACAACUUUCAUCUGCAUCUUGAGCUCAUGUGCUCAUGGAGGCUUGGUGCUUGAAGGCUGGUGGUGUUUCGAUAGGAUGGUCAGGUUCUACAAUAUUGAGCCGAAGGCUGAGCACUUUGGCUGUAUGAUGGACCUCCUUGGUCGUGCUGGACUGCUCAGAGACUCUGAGGAGCUCAUCAAGAAUUUGCAGGCGAAGGUGUCACCUGCAUUAUGGGGCGCCCUAAUAGCAGCCUCUCGAACUCAGGACAGCUCCAAACUUGGAGAGUUUGUUGGAAAGAAGUUGAUUGAAAUGAAGCCAACAGAGUUCAGCUCCUACGUGCUUCUGUCAAACAUUUAUGCUGCGGAAGGCAGAUGGGAUGAAGUCGAAAAAGUAAGGAAGGUGAUGAAGGAGAAUGUGGUGGAAAAAGAUGUAGGAAUGAGCCUUGUAGGAUCAAGUGAGCCUCAUCAAAUUGCUGACGAUGGCUUUUCGUUUCAAAAGAAUUCUGUGAUGCUUUCGAUGUUGGGUUACAUGGGUGUGCAUGUGAAACAACCAUCUCAAGUGUAACUCUAGGAGGGAAGCUUAUUAGUUGUCGCAUGACACGUCCAACAGAGCUUAUGGAUUCUAUUUCACUCAUAUUUGGGAAGAUAAAUGCCAAGUGGCAAUGCUUAUGUUUCAAUACCUCAUGGUUGCUGAUAGUUGGGCAAUUGCAGUAAGUCAGUCGGUUCAGAGUUUGCAAACAUUUCUUUUUCAUGUACAUCACUGGUAUUUAACUGUUAAUACAAGGGAAAUCUUUGUUCUCGGACACAGUUCAGUUUUGAAUUAAACAUGUGCUACUUUAGGUGCUCAAUAGUACAAUUUGGAGGGAUUUUUGCUAGUGGAUUCAAGGGGCAUUUAAGGAUUCCAUGGAGAUCAUACCCAGCCAUGGUGGAUUUACCGAUAAGGUGGACUACCAGCAGAUGAUCAUGGCUGUCGUUGUGAACAUCUACUGCCAAUAUGUGAUGGUACAAGACGUCUGUUGGGAUUACCUAGCAGGUAAAUUGGGCUCACCAUACUUGUACGCUAAACAAAGCUCACCAGCAGCAGCAGUUCAGCACCAUAAAGAAAUUUAGCUGUUAAGUACCACUCUAUAAUGGAGAUACUUGGGAAUUCCUUGUUCGUGUAACAGCAUGGUCUAUAAUCCACAUGUACAGCACUAACACCCUAAGAACACAGCAGAAUAUCAACAUCGCUGAACAGAAACACAACGCAGCAUGAAUUUGACAUUGAAGCAUUGAGCUCUCGCAAAUUUCAGGGAUGAUUUGUUGUCACCUUUUUUGUUUUUGCUUCUUGUGUUGUCGUGUUUGUUACUGACUCAAAAACCAGCAAACGUUGUUUUCAAAUAUAGCCAAUGUUUUCUUCA